ACACCCUACAAGUUGUCUGGAAAAGGUAAUCAAAGGUGACUGUCUCACAAAUGUCAGCUGCACGGAAAUCGAUUUAUAUUCAUUGAAAUGUUGCCUAAGCAGCGUAAGAAUUAUCCUGGCGAGGAUGCCGGCAAGAGUGAGGUGGAAUCCCUUUGCUCUCGGGAUCUGACCCACAUCGAAAAGGCUUCGGAUGUCAAGGAAAGUAGAACGGAUACACUCUUGCGGCGAAUGCAGCAGCUGAUCAUAUUCCCGACAGUGUUCUUCUUAUGUCCCGUUCUUAUAUUCUUUAUCUUUAAGUUUGCGCUCUUGGCCCCGUUUGUUGGGUUUGAUGACGCGAAUGCCGCCAUAGGAUCGGCUGUGGCCACCGUCAUUGUGAUGCACGUCCUGAUCGCAGGAUACACUCUGCGGCUAAUCUUUGUGCAAGAGUUUUCGCGCAUGGAGACCCUGGAAGUGUGGGCCGAUUGGGUGCCACCCCAGGCCCAGAAGCCCGGACCCGUCCUGAUCGUCCUGCUGCUGAUGUCCUACUGUUCUCUGAUAAUUGGCUUUCCCAUUGCCACCUUUUUCGCCCUCAAGUUUGUGGUCCUGACCAGCUUCGAGCACAUGGAUGCGGACAUCAUUUCGGCCAUUUGCACGGUGAUUGCCGUCCAUACGGCAGUUGGAAUUUAUAUUUACAGAGCCAUCUACGGCAAGAACUCGACGGCCAAGGGUGGCAAGGACAAUCAAUAGCAUAUUUAUUUGGGAUUAUUCAAUUAUAUUCCUGUUCCAGUAACUA